AUGUACGGACCUCAAAGAAGUUUCGCCUACAUGGGUCUCGUGUUCAGUGGAAUCCACGAUUACACCUCCGAUCAGAGCGAUCUCGUUGUUCUCCUCAAGACAGAAAAAGUUAGUUUAAAUUGUUUAUUUUUCUAUUUUAAAAAUAGUAUUUGCAGGACACUGGCACAUUGAAACCGUACGUUUACGGUGUCACCAAGCAAGCAUUUCUUCCGCCAAACGUUGAAUACGACUUUCUGAAAGUCGAUAUUGCGAAGAAUCUUGAGUGAGGCUCGUUUAUUUUUUAUGCAGCGUUCAAAGUUUGAAAAAAACUCGGAUUCACGCGGGAUUUUGCUGAGAUUUUCGGAGUUUUUUUAAAACUCUGGAUGCAGCAUUCCAAACAAAUUUCAGUUUUUUGUAGGAGACGAUACGCUCUACCGCUCAAGUUUGGCGAUAUCAUCCAGUGGAAUGACGAUGAAUGUGAUCACUCGAAAAAAAUAGUUUAUUCUUUCUACCGUGAGAAGCCGUUGCACAGAGUUGACUCUGAUUCUCGCGGCUAUCUUUUAAGAGUUGGAGGAGUGAUCGAACCGAGCAAACCCACUUUGUUCUGGACCCAACUGGCGACAAUCCCCAUUCGUAAGCAUUCAGUGGUAAAUACUGGAUUAAAACGUUUUUCUUCCAGCAUUCGCUGAAGCGGCGAGAGCCGAGCCGAACGUUUACUUGUAUGCCUGGAUUAGAGUGGAAACAAGAAUGUCGUGCAGCACGGAUCCUGUCGAUAUCCAGUUUUCGUUCCAUAAGUUUGAUGAAUGCGAUGCCAGUGAUCAGGGUCGUGUUACUGAGGCGGUAAUAUUAUGAUUUGCUGCAACAAGACAAAACAUUUUCUAUUGUUUAGCCGUGGCACAAACUGUCGAUCGAAUCCAAAUUCACCGUCUGGGCCGCCGAGCCGUCCCCAAUCGACAGUGAUGACGAAAUUGCUCUCGAGCCCCCAGAAGGCAUUGUGAAACCGGAGACAAAAUGGGCUGAGGUACUUGCCGAGAGCCAUACCUUUUUCUCUGACUCCUGUUUUAACAGAAAAUCAGAAAGCAACUUGGCUUGUACGUGGGAGAGCGACUGCUUAUCUGCAAGGAACUUCCUCAGUACGAUUUUAUCAUUCCACUUCUCCCUCAGGUAGCGACGGACGAAUCGUCGGCGAUUUGUCCGACAAUCGGAGAAUACUACCACUUCAGUGCUGUCUGGUCAAACAAUCACCGUAGUUUCAUUGUCACUGAUAUAAUGACAGUCGUGAUGCUCAGAAGUCAUCCGGUCACUCCUAAUGGAAACGUUAGUAUUCUGGAUAUUUUCAGGAAUGAUGUUCCUGUGUUCAGCUCUGUGUUCGAGUUCAAUAUGCAGGCAAUCGGACAAGAGGACUAUUCAUUGAUUACGAAGAGACUCUCGGACUGAUGGACGAUCCAUUUCACUGCCUUUCGUUCUUCGAAUUCCAUCCAAUCAACUAUGGACAAAUGAGAGCAUCGGUGAAAUAGAAAACUACGCAUUUAUUACUUUUAUCAUACUUAUAUGUAUUUAGGUCGAAGUUCGCGCUGUACGAUCCACCGAGAACAGAUCGGUUCGGUACCGAAUUGUGCGAUUGAUUCAAGACGACGAACUGAUGUCCAGAUACCUGCUGUGGAUUCGAUCGAAUGAUGUUUACUUCAUUUUAUCCAGUUAACAGCUAAAUAUCGUUUUCAGAACAUGUUGGGACCAAUUGAGGGAGUCGUCAUCAACCGAGACACAGUCAUUGCGGCGAAACAUCCUAACGUCUACUUCCGGAUCCCAUCAACGACUCCUGAAGCUGAACGGCCACCCAUUGGAUCUGGCGUCCGAUUUAAUGCUAAGCGUCUGGCCGGAUUCCACAGUGAAGCUACUAUUACUGAGUUUCACAUCUUUCCGAAGAUGUCCGUGAAAAAAAUUGUUCAGAGACAAGACUUGGUGAGACCAAUCAGUUUCCAUUUUAGCCAAUACAAAUUUUCAGCGCUUUUUCCAAGUUUCCCUCAAAGCUCUGCCGGACCUAGAGCAACUCGCAAUUUGCGAUGAUUUCGGACCCGUUGAUACUCGCUGCACUAAUCACCCGGAAAAUAGUGGCGAAGAGUGAGAACGUCAAUUCUCUGCGUAAUUCCAACGAUGCCCUUCAGGUACCUGGCCUGGGUCAGAGAAUCGCCUAUGCGCGGAGACUGUCGCUUGGCGGCAACGUUCAUGGAAGUCUAUUCGGUUGCGACGAACCCUCCGAUCCUCCCAACGCAGGCAUCGAGCGUCAGUUCCAGAAGUAGCUCAUCUAGAAACUCUUACUCGGGUAGUUCGAAUGGAAGUUCAUCGCAGAGUUCGAGACAUUCCCGUCAAUCUUCUAUUUCUAUCACAUCAAGCGUAAGAACAAAUGUUACUAAGAUCAGCUAAUUCGUUGUUUCUAGAGGUUUAUCGGACCUGGAAGUCGCAAUCUGGCGUCGCGCAGAGCUCAACAAUCUGGCUCUUCUACUUCUUCCAAAUAA